UUUGCGAUAAGCUAGCUUAGCAAAUGAAGGUCAUAACUGUCAAUCCCAAGCUUCAACAGUCCAUAAAUACAAGCACGUCAAUUUAAACAAAUGUGUCUUAGUUUGUGAUAUUAGAAGUGCCUAGAUAGCAUAAAUAUGGAGAGAAUAUUAAGAGGUAUCAUGAGGUAUCGCGUUUUAGACCGUGCAAGCAUGGUAAAACAAUUUCAAGAAGUUAAAAACAAUCCAAUACCAAAAGCUGUUUUCUACACCUGCAUGGACAGUCGAAUGAUCCCCACUAGAUUCACAGAAACAAGUGUUGGAGAUAUGUUUGUUGUAAGAAAUGCUGGCAACGUUAUACCACAUUCUCAAUAUUUUGUAGAUGAAAUGACUAGCUGUGAACCAGCUGCUUUAGAACUUGGUUGUAUUAUUAACAAUAUUAGACACAUUAUUGUAUGUGGACACAGUGACUGCAAGGCUAUGAACCUUUUAUAUAAACUGAAAUCAAAAGAAGAGUCUACUAUUGAACAAAGACGAAUAUCGCCAUUAAAGUCUUGGCUAUGUACGCACAGUAAAUCCAGUUUGGAUAAAUUUUUAGAAAUGAAUAAUGAUUUUACAAAACCUGUACUUUUUACUGCUGAAACCCCACAAAGAAAGUUUGCAGCAUACAUUGACCCGGAUAAUAAAUUUUGUAUAGAAGAUAAAUUAUCCCAGGUAAACACUCUCCAACAAUUACAGAAUGUUGCAUCUUAUGGAAUGUUAAAGAAAAGACUAGAGAAACAUGACUUACAUAUUCAUGCACUCUGGUUUGACAUUUAUACUGGAGAUAUAUAUUACUUCAGUAGGCGUGCUAAAAGGUUUUUAAUAAUAGAUGAAUCAACGUAUGAAACCAUAUUGGCAGAAGUGCGAAGAUAUUACUCAUAGCUAUAAAUAAUCUACUUACAUGUUUGUAAUUAUCUUAGGUAAUUAUAUAUACUCGUACAUAAUUUAUAAAUAGCAUUCAAUCAGGGUUAAUUUUAUAAUAAGUAUUCCAUUGUUUAUUUUUAUUUAUUCAUAUGUUUUUACUUUUAUAAUUUAAUUAUAAACAUGCGUAUAAAUUAAAUUUUAAAUUUAAACUAAUACUCGAACGUUUAUGAAAAUACCACUAAAAACAUUUUUUGUCAUAAAUAUCAUAUAAUAUCAGAUUCACCAAUAAAAUUGUCAAUAAUAAUAAUAAAGCUAAAGAGCCAAUAGGCCGACCAUAUAUUUUAUACUCGUAAAAUCUACACCCAAUGGGUAAGAAAUUUAAUGUUCUUGAGUAGCUACCGCGUGCCGACAAACCUACACUGGCUUUAAUAUACUGAAAGACAAUUAGGUUUACCCGCCAAUAGAUAAAACGACAACUUAAAAUAUACUACAAGAAGUUACAUUCAUAUUUUAUGCAUGUAUACAAGUUCUGAGUUUAAUAGAUAAUAUAAAAUUAUUCUCGUAGGUUUAAUACAUAUUUUGAACAUAUUACUGUCACUCUACUUUUUAAUUACGGAAUGGAAUCUAUGCCAUUUAAAAUAGGUAGCUAAGUAGAUUAGAUAGCAACUAUUUUGAUCAUUAGAUGACCGGCCUUAAGAGCAUAGCUGCACUCAUCGAUACGACUCUAAGACCAACUCUAUGGCAUCAUUCUCUAAACCAAGCUCUAAAAUUUAUUUUUAUUAAUUUAUUUUAAUAUUAUUUCAUUACAAUUAUUUUAUAUUUAAUAUAUAUAUAAAAAAUAAUUAAAUAUAAAGUAAUUCUAAUAUAAAUCUAUUAGAAAUUUAGUUUAUCUUUAAGAUUUCGCUGUGAUAACAAAUUAAAAUUUUAAUUUUAAAGGUGAGUUUAGAGAAUAGUAAAAGAGACUCGUCCCAAUAAGUUCGAUUUUGAAACGUCAUUAUAUCUUAACUAAAUAUUUUUUUCAUAAUUUCAUAAAAUUUAAAUUACUGUAUUAUGGACCAUCUUUAACUAAAUUUAUAAUAAUAUUGACUUUAUUAGAAAUUUAUUUUAUAUUAGACCUUAGAAUAAAGAUUUCGCUGUGAUAUUAAAUUGGAAUUUAAAUUUUAGAGGUAAGUUUAGAGAAAUGGCAUCUCAAAAUUGUCCUUA